AAUAGUAAAUUCUAAUAAGUGUAUAAUUUGUUGGUAACUUUCUACCGAUAUUCGGGAUUAUAUCGUUGUAGGAAGUUUGUGAUCCAGAUCGAUUCAUUCGACGCCGUGCAGUGAAAACAUUGAAUGUAAUUAAUAUAAUAAUAGUUUGGGGGGGAGGUUAUAUAGUGGGCGCCAGCGGUCGGCCGCCAUUCGGCGCGCGUACCCUUCGCGCCUGCGCAUGCCUCGCGAGUGAAAAGUGACAGUUAACCCCCAAAAUGGCGGCCAAAUUUUACAUGCUGUGCAUAGUACUGAGUGUGGGUCUGGCGGCGGGAGCACGUCCCAGACCGCGCCUCCAGCAGCCUAUCGCUGACGAGUACGACUACGAACCGCAAGCGCAGGAACGCGCCGCUGGUGAUCAGGUGGUGCUAGUAGCUGCGGAUUCCUACGAUGGCCUGUACCGUGCCUCAGACAGGCUGGAUGAUGAGUACGAGCCCCGAGCCCUGCAGCGCCAGCCCUCCAGGCUGAAGCAGCAGCAACCCAUCCAGGAGGGACCGAAGCAGCCGCCCGUGCAGACCAUCAGGAAUUACAACAAGGUAAACGACGACGGAAGCUUCACUUUCGGUUACGAAGCGGCUGACGGUUCCUUCAAAGAAGAAACAAGAGGCACCGACUGCGUCGUCCGCGGAAAGUACGGUUACGUAGACCCUGACGGCAACAAGCGAGAGUUCACCUACGUGUCCGGCAACCCCUGCGACCCCAACAAGCCUGAUGACGAAGAACAGGACAACGCCGCUCCUGACUCCGCCGAGCGAGAUGACCACGAACCCAACUACCCCACGAGACCGGCCCCCAGGCCCACGACACCACGACCUCCUACGACCUUCUUCCAGAAUGACUUCCGUGAUGCUGACGAAGACGAAGUUGAAGAAGAGCCCCUGCAGCACAUCAGACAGCGCGUUGUGCAGCGACCUCAGCCAGCCAGGAGACCUGCCUACCAGCCACAACCUAUCGCUAUCACCCCUCGCCCGCUGCAGGUUACUUCUCCCAGGACCUUGCCACCUGCGACUACGUUCAGGCCACAGCUGAUCCAAGUGACUGCUAAGCCCCAGCCUCAGAUUCAGUACAGCCCUCAGCCGCAGUACUCACCUACACCAGCCCCAGCUGUCAUCACGACCGCUAGUCCUGCAAGGCCUGGCCAGAUUGACUUUGCCGCUGAAUUCGCCAAAUUCCACCGCGAAAACCAACAGCAGUCUACCACAGCUGCCAUUGCUAAUCCUACCAAGGCUACAUCUCCCGCACAACCUUCUCCCAGUGGCAACCCUCUGUACUCGACCGAGCUGGUGUACGACCCUUCAAGUGGGUCCUACAACACUCAGCUGUUCCAAACUCUACCUCAGACUAAGGGAGAGCUCAACUUGAACCAGAGACUGCAGCCUUACGUGGCAACACCUCAGCACCAGCAGCAACAACAGCAGCCGAGGCCGUUCGUACCAUCUCCCCAGCUACCUUCAGUGCCCGCGUCACCCGGACCUAGCGGCCCUCUGUACAGACACCAGCUGCAGAAUCCUCAACAGAUCUACCAGAGGCAGCAGGCUGAGAACCAGUUCCAGAACUCCCAGCAACUGUUCGCUCAGCAGCAGCAGCUGCAACAGAGCCAGCUGCAGCGGGACCGCGCGGCGGCUCGUGCGCAGGCGCAGAGACUGCAAGUAGCUCCCCAGGGCCAGGACCCCAACGCGCAGUUCUACUUUGUGGCGCCACGCGGCGAGUCCCCCUCCUCCGGACAGAUCGACGCCUUCCUCAGAGGGCACGGCAUCCAGUUCUAGUCGCUGGAGCCAACUUAGCUGAGCUAGUUAAUCGCUAUCGACCAAUCAGCAUCAAUCUAUAAGGCUAGGCCAUAAAGCAACGUACAAGUCUCCGGUUGGUCGAAUAGUAUAAUCGAGUGCAGAAGUGUGUAUGUUUAUAUGUAGUGUUUACGAAAGGACAGUGGUGUUCUCCACCCGUGUACAUAAUACGCUGUGUCUAAUCAGUACCUUAAUGUAAUUCUAGUAAAUAGUUUUGUAAGUAUAAAAUAUUGUAACGGAUGGAAUGACUUUCGUGCGAGACAGUCCCGACGCGCGUUAUGUAAAAACUUACAAAUGAUCAUUUGUAAUAUUUUUUUGUUUUAAUAAUAAAUUAUAUUUUUUACAACUU